AUGCCAAAAGUUGAAAGAGACACUGGAAACAAAAACAGGAUAACGCCUUACCAUAGCACACCAAGGCAUAUCGAACAAGUUGUCCUUUCUGGUGCAAAAAAAUCUACAUUAUCACCUCCAAAAGAUCAUUUAAUAUCAAAUCCAUUUGACGAGCCAUUAAUGCCGUUAACCAGGAAAGAGAUUAUGGAUUUGUUAAGGUCAGAAGAAUUACUUGAUUCAGCGGUUCAAAAUGAUAGCAUAUCGCGCGGCAGCGAGUAUACACCAUUUAUGUGGCAAGUCGAUUAUUUCUUGACACUGCUUGAAAAGUACGAAGGGAAAGCGAAACAGAGCUCAAGAAAUUUAAUGUUCAAUCAUUUGAACCACGUUAACGGUAAUAAAUCAGAAAUGUCGAAGACGAAUUUAUGGCCUCCGGGUAUGCCCAAACAUAAAGAGGGAAGGUAG